UUGUGAUCGCACAAAAUGAGUACAGCCGCCAUCCCGACGCCGAUCCCGGAAGAAGUGGGGCUGCUGCUGAACCCCCAGCAGCGGAACGCCGUGCAGGACCGAGUGAAUGCGCUUCUGGGAUGGAACUCGCGGGAACUCGCCCCCAUGUCGACGAGCAUGCCCAUGCUGAGGUCCAACCGCAAGCAGAUCGUCGAGCUCGGGUAUCUCGUGGGGUCCAUGUGGACUGGCAUCCGGUACUUGGCACUUCUCGUGACAGGGCGAUGCUACCUCAUCUCGCACAACUACGAGAUCCGCGAGACUUGGCUGUUUACGCCGUUGCGGCAACAAGACCGCCCGCAGUCCAUGACGAAUGGUGACAACGAACUGAGCCAGCACAUGUGGACCAUUCUCGACGGCACGUUGGUGCUGAACCAGGACAAGUUGUGCUUUGUCAUCUCGGACAUCCUCGCCAUGAACGGCGCGUCGGUCAUGUCUCUCAAGCUCGAAGACCGGCUCAAGACGAUUCAAAACUCGGUGAUCAGUCCGCUUCUCAAGAUUCCCCUACCUAAAGGCCAUCCGCCGAGCCAGUUCUCGCUCCUCUUUCCGCCCAAUCGACCGCUCAACAAGAUGACCAGCUCCAUUCGACAACUCACUCCCACGCCCACCAACACAGCCGUCCAGCACUCUGGCCUUGUGUUCAUUCCCAUGUCGCUGCCGUAUGCGCCUGGACAUAGCAAAGGCGUGUACUACUGGACGUUUCCAUCGACCACCACGGCCUUCUUUCAGCUCGGCGUCGACUGGCGCGGCAUGCCCAAGAAACCUGUGUUCAAGUUGAACGUGUUUGACAAAGGCAUGAGUGUCUUUUACGACUGGAUCACGUUUCCCCCAGAUGUGUACGACCACUUUUGCUCGGACAAAAAAGUGUCCCAUCGGAUCGUCGAGUGUUUGUACGAUCCUGACACGCCCACGUUUAUCCCAUCAGACGACAAGAACGACGGCAGUGGCCAUGCCAACUUUCACCACGACCUGCACGGGGUCGGGUAUCGCAAAGGCGGGUGGAAACUGUUGCGGGUGCGCAAGGACAUUGGACGACCUACCGAACGUGGCCAUCUGGCAGCGCUGGAAAAAGCUUUAGUACACGACCCGAUUCGCGGCGACGAGAUCGAGCUGUACUUUACAUCGGACCAUCAUCCGUCUUUGAAACCGUCUUCGUCCGUCGCGGCGAUAGCGCCAUCGUCGUCGUCCGGGCCGACGCUGUCGUCGCAGCCGCCGCCGAACCUGGCGCCGGACGAGAUGGACAAGUGGAAGAAGAGCGGCGGCGGCGGCGGUCCCCCCGGUCAAGGCGUGUGCUACGACUUUCAAAACAAAGGCGUGUGCCAGCGCGGCCCCAAGUGCCACUUUAGCCACUGCGCGUGCCACAACGUGUGCCAGUGCACCCCCGCCGGGCACACGUACGGCCAGCGUCCAGAUUUCCGGCGCAAUGAUCUGGACGCGCCGCCGCCCGACUCGUCGUCUGCGAACACUCCGGACGGAAUGACCAAUCUCAUGGAAGGAGGAGUCGUGAAGGAUGCGGCAGUGGUGGAUGACGGCGGCAAAAUGACGGGACUGGCGGUGGCUUUAGAUGGACAUGGAGAGUCGAAUGGUUCCACUCCUGGCAAGUUGCCGCCUGACGACGCGCCGACGCUUCCUGGCGGGGGGGCGUUGCGGGUGACGUCGUCCUCCCUGUCGGGCGUGUACGCGCCGCUCACCGCGUGGGAUCCCGAGGCGGUCGCGGCCAAGCGGCAGCUGCUCACGGCGACGGCAAACCGGCGGAUGUGGUCUAGCUUGGGUAUCUUGGACGACGGAAAUGCAUCUUCGGCCAAGAAAAAGAAGGCAGGCGGGCGGAAUUAUACUAGUAGUACUAGUAGUAGUACUACUACGGCCAAGGCUGGAUGGAUUGUGACGGCGCUAGGCGAUGUGACGUACGUGCGGAGUACUCCCACGCUCCAAGCACCACACGACAAAUAA